AUGGCGGCGGCGGCCCUGACCCGAGAGGGCGGGGAGGACGCCUUCCGCCGGCUUUUUCGCUUCUACCGGCAACGCGAUGUGUCGGAUUUGCGGGGUGUGGUGGACUUCUCCGUGCCGGGGGGUCAGGUGUUCAGAUCACAGCUCAGUGUUUCUUCAGUCAGUGAUCAAGAUGCCUACAGAGCAGGAUUACAGCCAGUUAGCCAGUGGAAAGCCUAUGGCCUCAAGGGAUAUCCAGGAUUUAUUUUCAUUCUAAACCCUUUCCUCCCGGGCUGCCAGCGGCACUGGGUGAAACAGUGUCUCAAGCUCUACCCCCAGAAACCCAAUGUCUGCAACCUGGACCUGCACAUGGCUCCUGAGAAAACCACUGACCUGUGGGGACAGAGCAAGGAGCAGCUGAAAAGGAAAGGUUCCAGUAAACGGGAGCCCAGAAGCUUACUGGAGAAGCUGCGCUGGGUGACCCUUGGGUACCAUUAUAAUUGGGAUACUAAGAAGUACUCAGCAAAUCACCACACUCCUUUCCCCUCAGACCUUGCAUUCCUGUCGGAACAAGUGGCCGCAGCCUGUGGGUUCCGAGGUUUCCAAGCCCAAGCAGGAAUCUUGAACUACUAUCAUUUUGACUCUUCACUGGGAAUUCACGUAGAUGAGUCUGAACUAGACCAUUCUCGGCCCCUUUUAUCAUUCAGUUUUGGGCAAUCCUCAAUAUUUUUGCUUGGGGGCCUGAAGCGGGAAGAAGCCCCAACAGCGAUGUUUAUGCACAGCGGAGAUAUCAUGGUGAUGUCUGGCUUCAGCCGCCUGCUGUACCAUGCUGUACCCCGGGUCCUCCCCAACCUUGAAGGGACAGUUUUGCCUUCAUGCCUGGACCAAGCACUUUCUUCAGACCUUCCUGGUGGCUCAGUUAUUGAGCACAGCUCUGAUGAGGACUGGCAGGUCUGUGCCAAGUACUUGCAAUCUUCCCGCAUUAACAUGACUAUUCGGCAGGUGCUGGCUGAGGGCCAGAAAUUUCCAGAGGAAUCUGGGACGUAUGGAAAGAGCCAAGCAUUCUCUGAAGACAGUCACCAACAGCAGAACAGCAGAGCCAAGAGGCAUAAACCAAAUACAGACAGCUGAGACCGGGAGAUCAUGCUGAUAUAAACUGGACAGGCAACCUCCAUAUGGAAUUGGGAACUGAAGUAGUCAUACUAGAAGUCACUGGUCUGUCUGUGAGUUAAUAAACUUCUGCACAGAAAAUGUGGUUCUUCUUGCUGUAAGAAAUGGGUUGGGGAAGAAAGAGAAUUUAAAAGGAAAGAAAGGGAAGUUCAGGACCAGGACUCAGGAUAUGAACUACAUUGGUAUUUUGUUGCAGAGGUUUACUGUGCUCUGUUCCCUUAAAAAUACAGAAUUGUAAGCUUGGUUCAUAAAGUGUUCUGUAAUCACUGGGCAGGCAGAAAAUGCUA